AUGGGAGGUCCUGCCUGGCGCUGGGCGCUGCACGCCGCCCGCCUCCUGCCCGGCGCCGGCGGCGGGAGGGCUCCGGCGGCGCGGCGGGGCGGCCCGGGCUGCGCGCCCGCCGCUUGCGCCGCUCCGUGCGCCGGCUCCGCGUCCUCAAGCUCUGGGGAUGAGGCUCUGAGGGACAGACGUGCUCGGAUCCUGUCACGAGGGCUGCCAAAGCAGAAACCUAUAGAAGGAGUUAAGCAGGUGGUGGUUGUGGCUUCUGGAAAAGGGGGAGUUGGAAAAUCAACAACAGCAGUAAAUAUAGCCCUUGCCCUAGCAGCAAAUGAUUCGACAAAAGAAGUUGGUUUACUUGAUGCAGACAUAUAUGGACCUUCAAUUCCAAAGAUGAUGAACCUAAAAGGAAACCCAGAAUUAACACCAAAAAAUCUAAUGAGGCCCCUUAAGAACUAUGGAAUCGCAUGCAUGUCUAUGGGUUUCUUGAUAGAAGAGACUGCCCCAGUUGUGUGGAGAGGGCUCAUGGUAAUGUCAGCUGUUGAAAAAUUGUUGAGACAGGUUGACUGGGGUCAACUGGACUAUUUAGUGAUUGACAUGCCACCUGGGACUGGAGAUGUACAGCUGUCAGUAUCACAGAAUAUUCCAAUUUCAGGAGCUGUGAUUGUCUCCACUCCACAAGAUGUGGCUUUAUUGGAUGCACACAAAGGAGCUGAAAUGUUUAGAAAAGUCCAUGUACCUGUUUUAGGACUGAUUCAAAAUAUGAGUGUUUUCCAAUGUCCCAAAUGUAAGCAUGAGACACAUAUUUUUGGAGCUGAUGGUGUAAGAGAUCUGGCAAAAACCCUUGGAUUGGAUAUUUUGGGAGAUGUUCCACUGCAUGUUAACAUACGGGAGACGUGUGAUUCAGGACAGCCUGUUGUGAUCUCUCAGCCUCAAAGUGAUGCUGCUAAAGCCUAUCUAAAGAUAGCUAUGGAAAUAUUAAGAAGACUGCCAGUACCUCCUGCUUGAAGCAUUUACCACUGAAACUUAGCAAAAAUGUGAUCUUUGAUGCAGCCAAUGCAGAAGAGUCCUGCUACCUAAUUACAUGGAAGCCAUAUGUUAAUUCUAAGAACUUCU